AUGAUGACCACAACCACAACGCAUCCAAUCAUGCCACCCGCCAUGCGUCCCGUUCAGGAGAGUUCCGUAUCGCGCCCACGCGCCGUCUAUAGCAUCGAUCAGAUUUUGGGGAAUCAAACAAAACGAAGCGAUUCCAAUGAUGUACUUAUAACGCAUCAGCAUCAUGCACAUCACAUACAUCAUUUGCACAACAACAACAGCUUGUUGCAACUCAGUCACCAGCAACAACAACAACAACAGCAGCAGCAGCAGCAGCAGCAACAUCAGCAACACCAACUUCAACAACAGCAGCAACAGCAACAACUUUUGCAAGCAGUCGCCAAACGUGAGGAUUCGCCAACGAACACCGACAACGGGCUGGAUGUCGAUAAUGAUGAUGAGCUCUCGUCUAGUCUUAAUAAUGGCCAUGAAAUCGGCGAUAUGGAGCGGCCGCGUAAAGUUCGUAGAUCACGCACAACUUUCACAACAUUUCAAUUGCAUCAAUUGGAGCGCGCCUUUGAAAAGACACAGUAUCCUGAUGUUUUCACAAGGGAGGAUCUGGCCAUGCGCUUGGAUUUGAGCGAAGCACGUGUGCAGGUUUGGUUCCAGAAUCGACGCGCCAAAUGGCGUAAACGUGAGAAGUUUAUGAAUCAGGACAAAUCCGGCUACUUGCUGCCCGAGCAAGGUCUACCGGAGUUUCCAUUGGGCAUUCCGCUGCCACCUCAUGCCCUCCAAGGACACCCCGGUGCUCUGCCUGCCGAGUUCUGGCCUCCACAUUUUGCCCUGCAUCAACAUCAGCUGAUGCAUCAGCAACUUAUGCCGCACUACAAGCUGCCCAACUUCCACACCUUGCUCUCGCAAUACAUGGGCCUGAGCAAUUUGAAUAUUUUUGGCGCCGGAGCUGCGGCAGCUGCUGCGGCGGCCAGUGGCUCGGCUGCUGUGGCGGCUGCGGCUGCAGGAUAUCCGCAGAAUCUGUCGUUGCACUCCUCGGUCAGUCAGGUUAGUCCGCCGUGCAGCAAUAGCAGUCCUCGCGAGAGCCCCACGCUCGUGCCAGGAGCUACUACCCUCGUAUCUGGGGGUCUUACGCUGACGUCAACAUCGGCGUCCUCGCCCCGUAGCCCCCUCUUGAUUGGCAGCGCCGGCAGCGCAGCGGGGGGCAGCAGCAACGCCUCGACCCCCGUUUCCGUUGUGACAAAGAGCGACGACUGA